GAGUCUACGUCAUGACCGUAUGCGCACGCACUCCCUCACACUCUUGCUCCAUAGCUUCGAUCGUGUGAACAUUCAUCGAUAGUCUCUCUUAAUAAACGACCGUUUCUGUGAAUUAUAUCUGUGCUUCUUUUACUGAAACCUAUCCCAAAAUAAGCGCAUGCCGAUAGGUUAUGGGCCCGGCAACAAUUCUGCUGCGCUGGGAUUAGUAAAAGAAACUUUUUUCGAGAAUUAAUCAUCGUCGCGUUCGGCGUGCUCGCGGCGUGUACAGACUUGCCUCGCGCGUCCAUUGUGAUCAAGUGCCCAGGAUUGUAACGAGUGAACUACGAGUUUUUACGAACAGUUAAAAGGAUUUAAACGACCGUUUGCAAUGACUGCGACAAUUAAAAAGGUGAUAGAUAGAUGCAGAAAGGCCCUGGAAUUAGAAAGUGAAAUUAUAGAAGUCCGGAUAGGGAUAGACGAUUCCUUUUUCAAGGCAACUUUUGCUGAAGGAGAAACGAUCAGUUUGAGCAAGAAUUCACUGAAAAACGAUUGGGACAAUUUAGUGAAAGAAAUCCGAGAACUUGAGAGGUUAGCUCCACCAAACGGCGACGUCAAAUGCAUAAGAGAUGCUAGUCCAAGUGAUUUGAAGGCCAAAAAUCCAAGUGACACUUCUCUAACAAGACCGGACCAAAUGUUGACAGAUAAAGAAGUCAUGAAAGACAUCAAUGAUUUUAUUAAUGGCAUUGAACAAAAUUCAGGUGUGUCGCCAGGAACUACAACGAGCGGUCCUGGAAACGACGAAAUUGAUCCAGUUAAUCUCGAUAUGGAGAAUAACAUUCCUCCAAUUGGUCCAAAUCAUCCUGACAUGACUUCCGACAACAAAAAUCAAAACGAUGACAGUAAAGACGGUAGUAAAGACGGUACUGACAAUUUGUUAACAAAUGACAGUAAUAAAAACUUGGUUAAUAAAAAAUUACACAAAAACCACAGUUCUGACAAUGAAAUUAAUUCAAAAAAUAAAAACGAAGUGACUUCUGAAAACGACAGUACUCAAAAGGACAGUAAUAAGAAAGACAGUAAAAUAAAUAACAACGACAGUAUUGAUAAUAAAAAUUUAACGAAUAAUAAUGAUAAAGGGGCAGUUGGCCCUAUUCAAAGCACAAAACGACAGUUCAAUAGUGACGAAAAUUCCGAUCCAAGCAACGGCAAAAUGGAGAGACGAAUAAAUGUUUUGGAUUCGAGAAUGGGUCAACUAGAACACAUGAUGGAUUUAACCCUUAAUAUGACAACGAAAAUGCAUGAAACCAUGCAAACAUGGCUUGACCGUUGUAAACCGGAAAAUAAGGCGGAAGCAAAUCAAGCACAAGCAGCAACCAAGAACCAUCCUGGUUCAAAAACGACUGCUAUGGCCUCCGUACAAUUCGCAAAUUCGGGUCAACGACAGUGGGUAAACGAACGAUGUUACGAGUGUGACGAUUAUGGCCAUAUGAAGAACGAAUGUCCCUUGAAAGGUCAAGGUUUACGAAAAUGCUACGAGUGUCAAAAAUUCACAACUCAUAAAGCUUAUGAGUGUGAAAAACGACUGGCUAGAAGCAGAGGCAGAGGAAUCGCAUAUAGCGAUUAGCCAUGAGCUUUUUGACUGACAAUGGAAGACUGGAUUCUAAUUGAUCUCAAUGACGGUGCCAUAAAAGAUGAUUCCAAAGACUGUUUUGAUGGAAAAUAAUCAGUAUUUAACCAGAAAAAGUGAUUUUACGAAAUACUUCGUUUCUAAUUAUAGUAUUUUUGUAUUGUUCGAUUUAUAUUUUUAUAUCAAGUUAACUUUAAUAAUUUUAAGUACUUUAAUAAUAUUUUAUAAUACGACGAGUCAAUCUCGGGAGGGAGUGUUGGAUUUGUAUCCUUCGCGGUAUAUGCUCUAUUGACUCUAGCGGUUACGAGUCUACGCCAUGUCCGUAUGCGC